AUGCAAAUAAAAAUGAUGAAAAACUUAAACACAGAAAGUGAUAAAAGUCCAUAAAUUAUAAGAAAAAAUAACGAGCACUAUGUUUCAUAUAGUGUAGAUGAAAAGUAUAUUUGUUAAUGCAAUUUAUGCUUGUAAUCGUUGAAGAAAAAGUAACUAGAUACAAUAAAACAGAAUUCCCAAACCCUUGGAAGAAAUGUAGAAUCUUAAGUCUAAGUCAAAUUCAAAUGACAGAGACUUUAUUUUUAUUGUGACUCGUUUAGUAUAGGAAUCCUUUGGUAGAACUCUAAACAUUUAGAUAUAAGAUACCGUAUAUUUCGAAAAAGGAGAGGCUUAAUCCAUUUUAUAAAGUAUCAAAGAUAGUAUAGAUAAGCCAUACUAAUUAAGAGUCUAAUUAUGGAAAGGAUCAUUAUAAAAAUUAAUGCAAUAUAUGAAUAACAGAAGGAAGAAAAUUGCAAAUACAAAUGUGUAAUUAGAUUUGAUUCAACUUUGCGAAAAAUAAUAAUCAGCAUUGAGUAUUUUUAAUUUUUAUAUAAAAAGGUAGCAUAAAUAAAGAAUAAAUAAAUAAUAUUAGUGAAAAAAGCAAGGAAGCAGUUUUGGUUAAAUUUGAUGAUGAUUCAGUGUAAAUAAUGACUGAAGCAGAAUUUUUUUUGCUAAUGUCUAAAAGAAAGAAUGAUAAAUUCUGGAAUAAAAUAUUUUAUAUUUAAAAUUAUGUUAAGCAAAGGGCUUUUUUAACACAUAGAAUUCAUUUUAAUAGAAAAAGAGAUAUAAACCAUGCUUAUUUUGAGCGUAGCGCUAUGGAAACUCGAAUAAUUAGAGGUGAAGUUAUUUCAGCAUCUACAGAGUAUAUUAGUCAAGCAAUUGAGGAAGAUUUCUUAAGAUAAUUGAAGGAAAAAAGUAUUUUUGAGUAUUUAAGAUAUAAUACGUUUAAAAUAAUUUAAUUUUUAGAUGUAUUUUUAUCUAAUAUGAAUAUAGAUACUUGAUGAUACUAUCAUAAUUGAAGGUAUUUUUGAAUGGAAUCAAGAUGAUAGAGCAGAAUUUCAAUUUUUUAAUGCUUAUUAAAUCACUUAUGAGAAAAGAACGAGAGAAGAAAGUUAUACUACUCCAAAACCUCAGCAUUCUAAAAAUAACAAUAAUGCAAAUGGGACUGAAAACAGUGAAGAAUAUAGAGAAAUUGACCCAAAAAAAAUGUUUAAUAGAAAAUAUUAAUUGCAAUAAAUCGCCAGAAAUGCAUAAAAUAAAUUAAAAUUAAAAUAAUAGCAUUUAUUAUACAAAGAUACACCAAAAGUAAGUUAAUGGCAAGGUUGUAUGCAAGAUGAUUAUCAUGCCUUAUUGUAAUCAGUUGGCAUUGAUAAAAAUUAAUUUAACUUAAAGGAAGAUAAUUAAUCAGAAAUGACCUUCAAAUAUCUACACCCUGAAAUAUAGAUAGAAUUUUAGAGGAUAAUGAAAGAUCAAUAAUUAUUUAAUAAACUAAAGAGUAAAGAUUUAUUAAAUAAGCAUUAUAGAACAACUUUUUAUAGAGAACAACAAAUCUAAACCUAUUUCUCAUUCAAAAAUGUUAAAUAGUUUUUUUCUAACACCAGAAAAAAAACAAAGAUCACAAACAGUUUCAAAACCUAGGUAGGAUUUAAUUUCAACUCUUAAUCAAUCUUCAUUUAAGAAAACCAUCAGGUCGGUUGAUAAAACGGUGAGUGAGUUUAGAUAUGAAAUAAGUAGAAAUGGAAAAAGAUCAGCAAAAACUCUUAAUAAGAUACUUGGGUUAGCUAAUACUUGA